UUAAACUGUUGGAUGUGGAUGCUUCUAGUUCGUGUUGAAGCUCUAUAUUCGCUAUUACCGGUUGCCGGAAAUGAAUCGUCCGGCGAGUAUUCGGUGAAUUCGUACGCUUCACAUGCUCGAUCGCACUUGCAGACUUCAACAUGGAUUUACUCAAAGGUUUUGGCGCUGUGGAGUUUGUUUUGGUGAGGAUCCUGAUUAAAGAAUUUUGUAGCAUCUCUCUCUAUGUUGCGGUGGAUUAUUAAAAAAAAAAUUGAUUCUAUUAUUUUUUUUCUUUCAGUAAUUUGAUUUGUGGAUUAUCUUGGUGGUGACUUGUGAAUUUGGGAUGUUUAUAGUUGAUAAUUAUUUCAUACCAAACAGAGACGGAUCUCUACCUAUUUUUCUUGCUUUCUGUUUAUUUUGCAGUAACAUCAGCUUUUGCUUACUUUCACCACAACGGCUUUACUAUUUGCUGUGCUUCAUGUCACAAAAAAAGAAAGGUGUUCGUUUUACUCACUCUUUGUCAGGGAAGAUCUGAAGCAGCGCUAGCUUCACACCUUCCGUGAUGGAUUUAUACUCCUCUGGUGAAGAAGUGGUUGUUAAGACAAGAAAACCAUAUACAAUAACAAAACAAAGAGAACGAUGGACAGACGAGGAACAUAAUAGAUUUCUAGAAGCCCUUAAGCUAUAUGGGCGAGCAUGGCAGCGCAUAGAAGAGCAUAUAGGAACAAAAACUGCUGUGCAAAUCCGGAGCCAUGCACAAAAAUUCUUUUCAAAGUUGGAGAAGGAAGCUGUUGUAAAAGGUUCUGCAUUAGGACAAGCUCUUGACUUAGACAUCCCCCCUCCCCGGCCCAAAAGAAAACCAAGCAAUCCUUAUCCGCGCAAGACUAAUGUUGGCACCCCAACAUCACAUAGUGGGGCAAAGUAUGGAAAGCCACUUAUUGCAGUUGCAUCUUCAAAUGGUAAACAAACCAUGGAUUUCGAGACAGAAUCGCUUCCCGAGAAGCAUAAAGAUGAGGAAAGGCCAACAACUGUGAAAGAAAAUAAAGAUGAAAAUUGCUCAAAAGCAUUUACAAUCCUCAAGGAGGCACCCUGUUCAUCUGUAUCCGCAGCAAUCAAGAGUUCAAUCUCAAUGUCAGCGCCCCAGACAAAUUGCUGCAUCUUAAGGGAGUUUACUCCUUCAGUGAAAAAUGUGAUAAAUCAAGAUGAAACAAAUAAAUCUUUUCCUACUGCAGAGAUUGAAAAUCAGAUGUUGGAGUCAGAUGAUGGAAAACACACACAAAUGACUGAUGGCACUUGUAAAACCUCUAAAUUGGAGAGUUCUUCUCAUAAAUCGGUUCAAGCUGAGAAAACAGAUGAUCUUACUUCUGCAUUAACAGAUGAGAUGCAAAGUAAUCAGAAUUACCCAAGACAUAUCACUGUGCAUGUUGUUGAUGGGAACCUCGGAACUAGUACUCAAACUCCAUCACAAGAUGUAUUAGUUCAAGACUCCGCAUUUCAGCCAAUAGGAGGAAUUAAUGGGAAACCUAAUCUUUUCACAAAUUCAGCUGCAUCAAACACAACUGGUAGUCAAAAUAACAUGGCACGGUCAUCUAUUCAUCAAUCAUUUCCUCCUUGUCCUCCCUUUUCACAACUUAAUCAUGAUGAUUACCAAUCCUUUCUCAACAACAUGUCUUCUACAUUUUCAAGUCUGAUUGUCUCUACCUUGCUGCAACACCCUGCAGCCCAUGCUGCAGCAAGUUUUGCUGCUACAUUUUGGCCCUAUGCAAAUGUAGAAUCUUCAGCUGAUUCUCCAGCUUGUUCUCAAGGAGGUUUUCCAUCUAGACAAAUUGGUUCACCUCCUAGUGUAGCAGCUAUCGCUGCUGCUACGGUAGCUGCUGCAACUGCAUGGUGGACAGCUCAUGGACUGCUUCCUCUGUGCGCUCCACUGCAUACAGCUUUUGCCUGUCCUCCUGCAUCAACAACUGUUGUUCCAUCAAUGAAUAUCAGUGAAGUUCCACCUAAGACAGAACAAGGAGAUAUUACACUACAAAAUCCUCCUCUGCAAGAUCAUAAACUAGAUCAAGAAGACUCGGAAGCUUUGCAAGCUCAACAUUCAGGUUCUAAGUCACCAGCUGUUUCUUCAUCUGAAUCAGAGGAGAGUGGAGAUGCUAAGUUAAAUGCUUCAUCAAAGGCCACUAUUAAUCUUGAUAUAAACCAACCAAUUUCUGAGAACCUUAAUUCAAACCAAGUGGAGGGCAGGAAACUGGUAGACCGGUCUUCUUGUGGUUCUAACACAACCUCUGGCAGUGAAGAGACUGAUGCGCUAGAGAAGGAUGGGAAAGAAAAGGAAGACCCCAAAACACCUGAUGCAGACCAUUUAGCUAUUGAUCCUAGUAGUCGUCGAUAUAGAAGCAUUAGCAACAUUCUUGAUUCUUGGAAGGAGGUGUCUGAAGAGGGACGGCUUGCCUUUCGGGCUCUAUUCUCCAGAGAGGUGUUGCCCCAAAGCUUUUCACCUCCUCCUGAUUUGAUAAAUAAAGAUCAUCAGAUGGACAACAUGAAGGGUAUCGAGCAAAACACACCCCAUCAAGAUCACCUUGACAGCAAGAAAUGCAGUUCUAGUUGUGACCGGUUGCAGCAAAACCUACCAUUUGUACAAAAUAACAGUGAGGAGGAGGGACUGCUAACCUUAGGUCUUGGACAAGGUAAACUUAAGACUCGUCGAACAGGGUUUAAACCUUACAAAAGAUGUUUAGUAGAAGCGAAGGAAAACAGGAUUGGAACGACUUGUAAUCAAGUUGAAGAGACAGGUCCCAAGAGGAUACGCCUGGAAGGGGGGAGUUCUACUUGAUGCUUGAUAAAUGCAUAGAAUCACAGAAAAUCCGAGUUUUGCGCAUUAUUUCUAACUCCCCUGCUCGGUAUCUGUAUUGUUUAUUUUCUAAUUCUGCAGCUCACAAAACUUGUCUUGUAGGUGUGUGUACCAUAUUAAAUUACUACCUACGUUGUUUUACUUUCUUGGACUGAUGCUGCUGCAGUUAAAAAUUCCGCUAAAAUAGCAUUAGAGAAGAAACAUUAAGUACUGUUUGAGCAUUGAAAAUUUAAGUAAUUUAUGAUAAUCCUUCAUUCUAUCA